AUGGCGCAAGCCCACCCACACGUUCACCCGUCGCCAAACCCGAAGCAAUUUGUGCUCUGCUUCGAUGGCACCGGCAACAAGUUCGCCGGCGACGAGUCCGACAGCAAUGUCUUGAAGAUUUUUCGUAUGCUCGACCGUAGUCAGAGCCACCAGUACCAUUACUACCAGCCCGGUAUCGGUACCUACGUGACCACCAAGUCGCUCUCCAGCCAUGGCCGCAUCCAACGCAUCAAGUCCUGGUACCAAAAGGCCAAGGACUCCGCCAUUGGUUCGUCCUUUGACGAGCACGUUAUGGGCGGGUACAAGUUCCUGAUGCGAUACUACUCCCCCGGCGACGAGAUCUACUUCAUCGGCUUCAGUCGCGGCUCCUAUAUCGCACGCUUCCUGGCCGAGAUGCUGGACUACAUCGGCCUUCUGGAAGCCGGUAAUGAGGAGUUGGUCCGCUUCGCCUGGAAGACCUUUGCCAAAUGGCAGCAGCGAGCUGGCGACACCGAGGAGGACCAGGCCGAGAAGAAGAAGCUGUUCGAGUACAUGAAAGCCUUCCGAGAGACCUUCAGUCGUCCGAUUUCGCGCAUUCGCUUCAUGGGUUUGUUCGAUACCGUCAACAGUGUUCCGCGCUUCGAAAAUGCCUGGAUGCAACGCAGCAAGUUUCCCUACACGGCGCGCAGUUCCGCUCGAGUCAUCCGCCAUGCCGUCGGUAUCGACGAGCGUCGCGCCAAGUUCCGUCAGGAUCUCAUCUCGGGCCCGCGGCCCAAGGAGAAGCAUCACAAGCGUCAUCGUCCCCAUUUUCAUGCCAAUCGUCUGGAACAACAUCUUCAUCGCCACGAAGACGCCAACCACCACCUCCAUAUUUUCCACCAAGACCGACAUGGCAAUGCCAACUCGGAGCAAGUCCCCGCCAUCCGUCUGGACGAUGGUAGCAAUGGCGCACCCACCGAGUUGAAUGUCCCGGCAGAGACCCCUGGCUUCCAGACACCCGGAUGGGGACCCGGUCCUGGUGAGACGUACUACCACACUGCGCGUUCAUCUCAAGCUGGGAGCGAGUCAAACUUUGGGGACAAGUCCCACCGAUACCGCGCCCCGUCUCCCCGGCGUAACAGUCUCGCUGUUCCGAAGCCCAACCAGUCCACCGACGACGUGACCUCCGUUCGUAGCGGACACUCCGGCCUCUCGGUUGCAGUCCCCAGCCAUCAGGGCGACUACGACGAGAGUGACGAGGAUGACCAGGAUAUCCAUGAGAUCUGGUUCCCGGGCUGCCACGCUGAUAUCGGCGGUGGCUGGAAGUUGGCAGACGGCGAGUUGUGGGCGCUGAGCCAUGCGCCGCUGGUGUGGAUGGUGCAGGAAGCCCAAAAGGCUGGCCUGGAACUUGACGAGCGCAAAAUGAAGCAGUUCCAAUGUCUGGAGGAGUUUGAUGGCGACUACAGUCCCAUCCAGGCUGAGAUCAAUGCUCGCCGACCUAGUCAGCUAGUGCCCGAGUCCAAGGAAGAUGACCCUGAUGCCUACCGUGAGAAGCCCGAUGAGAAACAGCGCUCGGCUGCUAGCCGCGACUUCUGGCAUGCAUUGCACACCUCCAGCACCAAGGGUCUUCUUCACGACUGCUUGGAGUUCAACCAGGGUCUUCCCCCAAUGUCGGUCCUGUCCUGGCGUAUCAUGGAGUGGCUGCCUUUCCGUCGUAUGGAUCUCCAGGAUGACGGCUCCUGGAAGCCCAUCUGCUGGCCGCUGCCUCGUGGUGAGGUGCGUGAUGUUCCGCUCGACGCGGAGAUCCACGUCUCUGCCAUCCGCCGUAUGCAGCACGAUCCCAACUACCGUCCUGGCAAUGUGAUUGUCGGUGGUGGUGGUCGUGGUGUGCGUAUUGCGCCGGAAGAAUGCGGCAUGGGCGACUGGGUGGUCCUCCGCAAUGAGGGCGACGCGGUGCGCGAGACGUACGUGCGCAAGACUAUGGCCACUAAGUGCAAAGAAAAGCUGGAGCAUGAGAAGAAUGGGCACUCGUAA